AGUCCUAGCGGUGCUCACACACACACAAACACGCACGCACACACACGCACGCACACACACAUCUGACAGCUCUCAGGACGGCCAUGACGUCUCGAAGGUGGUUUCAUCCCAACAUCACUGGGAUCGAGGCAGAACACCUCCUCCUGACACGGGGCGUCCAUGGCAGCUUUCUAGCACGACCCAGCAAGAGCAACCCAGGAGAUUUCACUCUGUCUGUCAGGAGGAAUGAUGAGGUCACCCACAUUAAAAUCCAGAACUCGGGGGACUAUUAUGACCUGUACGGAGGGGAGAAGUUCGCCACGCUGGCUGAGCUGGUCCAGUAUUACACCGAGCAGCACGACCUCCUGAGGGAACGCAAUGGAGAUGUUAUUGAGCUCAAAUACCCACUCAACUGCAAAGACCCCACAUCUGAGAGGUGGUAUCAUGGACAUCUCUCAGGAAGAGACGCUGAAAAGCUCCUUACAGAGAAGGGUAAAUCCGGAAGCUUCCUGGUGAGAGAGAGUCAAAGUAAACCUGGGGACUUUGUGCUUUCUGUCCUCACUAAUGAAGAAAAGCAUGAAAAUGUAGACCGCAAGACUAAAGUCACACAUGUCAUGAUCCGUUAUCAGGAUGGAAAAUAUGAUGUAGGAGGAGGGGAGAGGUUUGACACCUUAGCAGAUUUAGUAGAGCAUUAUAAGAAAAACCCCAUGGUCGAGAAGAGUGGAAUUGUUGUGCACCUUAAACAGCCAUUCAAUGCCACGAGGAUAAAUGCUGCAAACAUUGAGAACAGGGUACACGAACUAAAUAAAGUUGCCGACAACUCCGAGAAACCCAAGCAAGGCUUCUGGGAAGAAUUUGAGGUUUUACAGCAACAAGAAUGUAAACUCCUUUACCCCAGGAAAGAGGGGCAGAGACCAGAAAAUAAAAACAAGAACAGAUAUAAGAAUAUACUACCAUUUGACACCACUCGAGUGCAGAUCAAGGAAGCGGAUCCUGAUGUUCCCGGAUCCGAUUACAUCAACGCUAACUAUAUCCGAAGCGUGAAUGAAGAAGGACGUCAUAUGGAUGAAGGUAAAGUGUUCAUCGCUACUCAGGGCUGCCUUCAGAACACAGUCCUGGACUUCUGGAAAAUGGUUUAUCAGGAAAAUACACAUGUUAUUGUCAUGACAACCAAGGAGAUGGAGAGAGGACGGAAUAAAUGUGUGCGGUACUGGCCAGACUUGAAUUCAACAAAGGAGUUUGGGAAGGUGUGUGUGAAGAACAUUGAGGAACACACAGCUCAGGACUACAUACGGCGAGAGCUUGAAGUCACACGUCUAGACAGGAGAGAGCCUCCCAGGUGUAUCUGGCACUAUCAGUACCUGAGUUGGCCUGAUCACGGUGUUCCAAAUGAACCUGGAGGAGUGUUGAGCUUCCUGGAGCAAGUGAACCGAACCCAGAGCGCCAUUCCAGAGAGCGGACCCAUAGUGGUUCACUGCAGUGCAGGGAUUGGAAGAACAGGCACAAUUAUCGUGAUUGACAUUCUUAUCGACAUCAUAAAUAGACAAGGGCUGGACUGUGACAUUGACAUCCCAAAAACGAUUCAGAGAGUGCGACAGCAGCGGUCCGGUAUGGUUCAGACUGAAGCCCAGUACAAGUUCAUCUACAUGGCUGUUCAGCAAUACAUUGAUACUGCUCAGAAGAGACUAGAAGAGGAGCAGAGGAACAAAACGAAGGAGAGGGAAUACUCUAACAUCAAGUACCCACAGAUGUCAAAUGCCAGAGCCAAGCCUAACAUGAGCUCGUCUCGCUCUUCAUCUGGCUUCUGUCU